CAGUACUAAGCUCAUGUCAAGUGUUUUACAACGAAUAGCUUUCUGUACUUUCAAUUUGCAGUGCGAACUCCGUGGAAUCAAUUGACUUAGAAAUAAACCAGUACCUUUUCUAAUCAUGAAAACGGAACAAAUAUGCCUCUUAAUAUUAUCGUGUAUAAUUAUAACAACCAGCGCAAAUACAAAAUGCUCCAGCGAAACAACUCCUAUUGUCCCCAAAUAUUACAAAAUGGAAAAAUGCCAAAGGUCCAAACUUGGCAUUGCCGCUAAGGCAAACUAUACCAGUUUAACCAGUUGUCAGCGCCUUGGCAUUGAGAAGAAGGCGUUAGCAUUAAACUUCGUGCCACCUGAAGUGUUAAGGAAGACCGGGAAAAAGAAGAAGGAUAAUGAAACUGGACCUUUAGAGUAUACUUGUGAGGUCCUGAAGUGUGCUGAGGUGGAUGGAGGCUUAUCUUUGGUUAACGACUCGAGAUAUGAUUAUUAUAGCAUCUACGCUAAGCCCGUAUUGCACAUAAACUCCACAUGCAUCCCAGCAACCGGCAUGUUCUACCUGACCCCAACCAGGCUCAACUACACGGAAGCCCGGACGGCCUGCAGAAACAUGAGCGGGGUGUUAGCCGACACGGCGAGCGAGCAACGAACGGAUGCGCUCGCGCAGAUGCUGGCCGGUGCGGGAGUCGAUGCCGCGCUGGUUUCGCUGCGGAGGAGUAAUGCUAGCAACAGCGCGUUUAUAGGAGCCAAUGGAGACUCUUUAGACUGCACAACUUACCGGGCCUGGGCACCCGGGCACCCGCGGCGCCAACACGACAAAUUCAACUGUGUCUUGGUCACCCGUCAGAAGACCUGGAGGUCAACGUCCUGUAAGAAGAAAUACCAGGCGGUCUGCGAGCUGAACCCUGGAGGACCUUACAAACAAGGUUCCAUAUUUGCCUCGCUAGUACCUCCUAAUGGUACGGAAACACCUGCACAAAAAGAAGAUUGAAAAUGAGUGAACAUAAUAAAGGCCACAAUAAAAGCUCUCCGUUGGGGAGUUUACUCCGCAGCAGCGCCAAAGAUGGAAAUGAUAUUAUUGAAGUGUAUUAAGC